AUAUAGUUUUUAGUAUGAAAUUUCAUAAACUUUAAAUAAAAAAAUUUAUAAAUCGUAUUUAUUUUGUUUUUGCCCGCCAAUCAAGCUAGCAAGCAAGCGUGUUCCAUUGCACCAACUCCCCAUGUGCUUGAGCUCCCCAUAAAAUCAGCAGACGAAACCGACGCCCACAUUAUACUCCAUGCAGCUUGGUUUUUUUAUUCAUUUCUUCUUUUGUCCUAGCCCACUCUAUCUAUUAUUAUAUAACUAUCUAAACCCCAACACUUUCUCUUCCCAUUUGAGCUUCUUGAGCUUUGAUAUAAAGACAGAGAGAGAUCAGCAAAAAAGAGCAGGAAAAAAGAUGAUCAAGUUGAAGUCAAAGAGGUUUUGCAGAGGCAGCUUUAAGUUUGGCAAUGGUGGGAAUGGCAAUAGCAAUGCGAAAGGUGGUGAAAAGGGAUGUGGAAACAAUAAUAAUAUUAGUGAAAUCAAAUGGGAACUUAGGCCUGGUGGCAUGCUUGUUCAAAAGAGAGAAACUGGAGGAAGUGUUGGAGAAGGGAUGAUCACUGUUAGAAUCUCAACUGUUUCCCAAUGGCAUGAUAUUUCCAUUGAAGCCACUUCCACUUUUGGGGAAUUGAAGAUGAUUUUAUCAUUGGUAACAAGUUUGGAGCCAAGAGAGCAAAGGCUGUUAUUCAAAGGGAAAGAAAGGGAAGAUGAUGAAUAUUUACACAUGGUUGGUGUUAGAGACAAAGACAAAGUGCUUUUGCUAGAAGAUCCAGCCAUCAAGGAAAUGAAGCUUCAUAGAUUGGCAGGAAGCCAGCAAAUUGGCACUGCUUAUCAAACCGUAAGUGUAUCACACUGA